AUGCUGGCAAGGCCAACGAUCCAUCGAAUCGCCUCGGGCGCUGCUCGUCAAGCCCACAACAACCUUAAUCACGGCACGAGAACUUACCGUGCAGCGUCUCAUUCCCUCUUUCAGGAGCAGCAGAGUGUACUACCCAACAAUUUGGAUCCAUCCUCGGACGAUUUCUUGGCCAACAAGACCUACAUGGACGGCCUCGUGAACAAACUCGAUGCGACGCAUGCAAAGCUGGCUUUAGGCGGCAGCGAAAAGGCGAGAGCACGACACGUCUCUCGUGGAAAGAUGCUUGCUCGCGACCGUGUUACUGCUCUGCUCGAUCACGGCUCACCCUUCGUCGAGCUUUCACCUAUGGCUGCGUACGAGAUGUAUGGCAACGACGAGAUUCCCGGCGCUGGAAUGAUCUCAGGUAUCGGGCGCGUUUCGGGCACAGAGUGCAUGAUUGUCGCCAACGACCCCACCGUCAAGGGCGGAAGCUACUAUCCCAUCUCGGUCAAGAAGCAUCUUCGAGCCCAAGCUAUUGCGCGCGAGAAUCGAUUGCCAUGCGUCUACCUCAACGAGAGCGGUGGAGCGGCGUUGCCUCAUCAGGCAGACGUGUUCCCCGACGAGAACCACUUUGGUCGCAUCUUUUACAAUAUGGCCCAGAUGUCGGCGCUCGGCAUCCCGCAGAUCUCGGUGGUACACGGCAUCAGUGUAGCCGGCGGCGCCUAUGUACCAGCCAUGGCCGACGAGACGAUCAUUGUGCGCAAUCAGGGCACCAUCUUCCUCGCUGGUCCUCCGCUCGUCAAGGCAGCUCUCGGAGAGGUGGUCGACGACGAGACGCUUGGCGGAGGAGAGAUGCACUGUAGCGAGUCCGGUGUCACUGAUCAUCUCGCCGUGGACGAUGCACACGCUAUCGCUCUGGCACGAGAGGCGGUGGCCAACCUUGGUCUGUGUGGUCGCUCGAACGCCGCCCUUGGCGAAACGUCGUUCGAGCAGCCCUUGUACGACGCCUCGGAGCUGCACGGCAUCAUUCCCGAGAAUGCUCGAAAGCCUUUCGACAUUCGCGAAAUCAUCUCUCGUCUGGUGGAUGGAUCGCGCUUCCACGAAUUCAAGAAGCUGUACGGUAACACCAUUGUUACGGGCUUCGCCAAGAUCGCAGGACAGGAUGUGGGCAUCAUUGGCAACAACGGAGUCCUGUUUGGAGAGUCGGCCAAGAAGGCGACGAGCUUCAUUCAGCUAUGCAACCAGCGUCAGACGCCGCUCGUAUUCCUGGUCAAUGUGACCGGCUACAUGGUCGGCACUAAAGCCGAACGCUCCGGCAUCGCCAAGGACGGCGCCAAGAUGGUGCGAGCGGUGGCCUGCGCCAACGUGCCCAAGUUUACUGUUAUUGUGGGUGGCAGUUUCGGUGCAGGCAACUACGGCAUGUGUGGACGAGCGUACAGUCCUCGCUUCCUGUGGAUGUGGCCUAACGCACGCGUUGGUGUGAUGGGCGGAGAGCAGCUGAGCCAGGUCAUGGGUACGGUGAGCAGCGACAAGUCCAAGCAAGAGGGUCUGCGCGACAAGAUCGAGAAGCAGACGCUGCCCGAGUACGCCAGUGCUCGACUCUGGGACGACGGCAUCAUCCGGCCGCAAGAUACCCGCAGCGUAUUGGCGUUGGGCCUGAGCGUGGCCAACACGGGACGAUGGAGGAGCUCGCAGCGUGGCGACGCAGGUGGCUCUCGUCAUCCUGCAUGGGACGGCAACAACUACGGAGACGGCGUCUACCGUUGGCCUCUGGAAGCCUCCCUUCAACAACGGCAACCACCAACUUCCAUCACCGCCACGCUCGUCUACACCUUUUUCGUGGCGAAGGUCAUAAAGAGACUUCCGGUCUCGCACUUCGUCGACAUGGCGGAACCGAGCAUGCUGGACGCCAACGGUCUCCUCGACCUCGACAUGCCCGCCAACAGCUCUCUCCUCUCGCAGGCAAAGGCUGACGAGCUCUUCCCAGGCGCAGUCGAUCCCUUCCGCGAGAGAGACCUCAACAUCUUCAGUCCCGCCGGCUCGCAGAGCGAAGCUCAGAAGGCGCUCAAUGCCUGGGGCUCGCAAGGCUCUGCAAAGCUCCAUCUUGGCGCAAGCACGCGAAGCCCAGAACGAGGUGAUGCCAUGGACUUUGACGCCGAGAUCGAUAUCAACCAGCUUCUCGAUGAGGAAAUGUAUAUCAUGCAGGACGACAGUGCUCAACAAUCGCGGACUCAAGUGAGGCCGAAUCAGGUGGCGCAGAUGGAACAUGACGACGACGAGCUCGAAGCUUUCCUGCUCGCCGAAGACGAGCACACAGCAUCACACGCUGCUGAGCUUGGACAGGCUCCCGCCUCGCAGCGCUUCCCCUCUCCCCCGCCUGACACGAUCUCAUCUCGAGCCGCUUCGUCCGUUUCUGAUCUCCUGGAAAGCAACGGUCUGCUCGGCAGCUCUUCUCUGCCUAGCUCCCAGCAAUCCGUGCCUCCAGCGCCAAAGUCACAGGCGUUGACAGCAGAUCCGUUCCUAACAUCAGCUCAACCUUCUUCUAGAGCAAUUGAAGCGCUCUCGACGUUCGCAGUGCAUGCUGAAGGGCCAAGCACACCCUCUGCAUCUGCCUUUACCACACACGAUGCUGGAGCUGGGCCAUCGCGAUUACCGCCGCGCUUACAGCCGGCAGGCAUUCCCAAGUACAUUCCUGCUGGUUUUGUCAAUGCCACCACGAUGGACGGCACACCAAUCCGCUUCGAGCGCCGCAAACGCAUGAAGGGCUGGAAGCAGCCGGCCAUCAUGUCGGAUGUCGAUGCUUCGCAGCUAUUGGAGCGUCCCAUACACCAGUUGCUCGAUGCUGUGGCAGCAUUGAAGGCACUCGAUGUCGUCGAACGCGGCGAGCAGCACCAAGACCAGGCUCGACGCUCGCCAGACGGUGACGCAGCUAACGCAUCCAAGUCUGUGUCACAACUGUGGGUGGACAAGCAUCGGCCGGCCAAAUUCACCGAGCUUCUCGGAGACGAACGCGUCCAUCGUGAGGUGCUAGGCUGGCUCAAGGAAUGGGACGAGUGCGUCUUCAAACGUAAGAACCAUCGUAAGGAGCGUCAUCGACAGUACAUCCAGGCAAAGUACGGCUACACUGACAACGGUGCCGGUGACAAGGGCGCAGAGCAUAUUUGGAAAGAUCCCUACGGUCGUCCCAAAGAGCGCAUCAUGAUGAUCUCGGGGCCACCGGGAUUGGGAAAGACGACGCUCGCCCACGUCAUCGGUGCCCAUGCUGGAUACAAUGUUUACGAGCUCAAUGCCAGCGAUGCACGCACAGCUGGAGCCGUCGAAGAUGUCAUCAAGAUGGCGCUCGAAUCUGGUAGUCUCAAAGACCCCAGACCGACGCUCGUGGUCAUCGACGAGAUCGACGGUGCCACGGGAGGAGGCGGGGGAGCGACAGGUGAAUCCCACGGCUUUGUCCGUGCACUUGUGCGGCUCGUCGAGAUGGGUAAAGGUGCUGGGCCCAAGGCGGCUGGUUUGGCAGCGCGUGGCAAGAAGCAGCGUAAAGGAUUCAAGCCACUUCUUCGGCCCAUCAUCUGCAUCUGCAACGACCUCUACGCCCCUUCGCUCCGACCAUUGCGGCCCAUGUCGAAGCUGGUCCGCUUCAACAAGCCGCCCACCAACCUUGUGGUCAAGCGUCUGCGCGAAGUCUGCGAGGCCGAAGCGCUUUCCGUGGAAGCCCGAGGCCUGUCUCUGCUAGCAGAGCUGACCAAUGGCGACAUCCGUUCGUGCCUUAAUGCGUUGGAGUUCGCAAAGACCAAGAACAUCGCCCUCACUGAAGCCGCCGUCAAGAGCGCCUCGAUCGGCAUCAAGGACACGGGCGGCACCGUUCACAAAGCCUGGGAGAUGCUCUUCCGGCGUCAGAAUCGCAAGCAAGCUGCAGCGUCGAGCAUGAAAGGUGCCAACGCCAAAGCUACAGAUGCGGAUGCCUCGCCAUGGAACUCGUCGCGCAAGGCAUCCUCCAAUGAAUUGACCUCUGACGGAAGAGAAAAGCAAAAGGAGUUCAAUCUCAUCGACACGCCUCAGGAGAACGUCAACCGCAUCAUCCACGAGGUCGCCAGCUGCAACGAGUACGACAAGCUGGCCCAGGGUUGCUUUGAGCAUUACCCUACGCUUCGUGCCGCUGACGGUGGCUGGAAGCGGUAUCGCCAGGUGCACGACUGGCUACAUUUUGGACAGAGCAUCACAUCGCGUGCGUGGUCGCAGGGCAACUUCGAACUUCUCGGCUUCAUGCCUUGGUCGUUUGUCUGUUGGCAUCUUCUCUUCGCCCACGUGGGAAACGCGCUGCCAGAGUAUCCCAAGGUCGAUUACGAGAAUCAUCUCAAGACGUCUGCCUUCAACGAGAUUGCCUCUCAGAUCGUCGGCACCCUUCCCGCAAAUGUCCGCUCGCAGUUCAAUCGACACUCUGUCAUUACCGAGCUCGGCCCGUCACUCAUGCGAAUCCUGACUCCGGAUCUUCGACCUAUCAACAACCAGCUGUCACGGGCAGAAGACAAGCAGGCUUUUGCUUCGCUCGUGUCCAUCAUGACUUCGCUCAACGUCAGGUUCGUUCAGGACAAGAUCUCGGAGGAGGAGGCUGCAGCCACGGGUCAGACGGCAGGACAGCUGGUGUACAAGCUCGAUCCGCCGCUCGACAUCUUCACGCAGUUCGAGGGGAAACGGUCCAAGGAGAUUGGGCCGUCUCGCUUUGCCGUGCGACAGCUUGUGGCUAGGGAGAUGGAACGCCAGCUGCUGCGUAGGAACACGGGUGUCGAAGGCGACGAAGACGAUGCAGGUUCCACCUCCAAAUCAGCUACGGCCAUCUAUCGAUCCAAGAGCGCCAACGUGGAUGCUGCACGGGACGCAUUGAAAGCCAAGAAGGAGAAGAUGGCUGUCGACUUUUUUGGUCGACCCAUUGUGCAGAAGAGCGCCUCGGUGCCUGCAGGGCUCUCCGCGGUACCUAUUCCAGAGGGUAUGGGCGGUCAAAAGCGAAAGGCGUCGGAAGGCCGAUCCUCCAGCGCUCGUGACCUGACGCCGAGCGACGCAUCGGCGUACACAGCAGCGAAACCCGUCGCUGGCGACGACAAGAUCAAGGUGUUCUACAGAUACCACGAAGGAUUCUCCAACGCGGUACGCAGACCCAUGAAGAUCUCUUCGCUGCUUUAG